UUUUGGAAAAUCAUUCAGUCAGCCAGUCAGACAGUGCCAGCCUCUGUCAGUUCCUGGCACGAAGAGCGUUAACGGAUUGGGAUAGGAAUUUGGCUAGUUGCAAUGGAUUAAUACAGGCGUUCCCAGCAGUGAUAGCAACAGCUACUAUGGUUCAGCUUGGAAGAAUGUGGAGUCUUUACUUUCCUGCAUUCCUAGUGUCGAUCAUCUUGGUCGUACCAGGGGACAAACGGUGCGAGUGGGGGAAAUAUGGCGAGCACUGCAACUUGACUUGUCCUGUGAACUGUGCCCUUGUUCCACCAAGAAAUCUUCAGUACUGUCACAGAGACACGGGGAAGUGUUCCGGGGGAUGCCAGCGUGGUUGGCAUGGUGAUCUGUGUGACCAAUCCUGCAGCACCAACUGUCUCAACAAGACCUGUAACCUGCAAACUGGGCACUGCACACUCGGCUGCAAUGGAACCAGCAUGGGCGUGUUUUGUAAUAGCACACGAAAAUGUGGUCGUGGCUUGUAUGGAGAUACAUGUCAACAUCGCUGCAGCAGCAACUGUGUGGAGGAAAGAUGCAACCAAACAACUGGAGUCUGUAUGCUUGGAUGCCGUGGGACUUAUACUGGAGAGUUUUGUAACACUGCGAAAGAAACGUCUACUACUCCCGCUGCUGUGAACAACAAGGAAGGAGGGUGGGGCGUGAUUACCAUACCGGCUCCUGUGUUCCUUGGAGCAGCUGUAGCAGUCUCACUAGCAUUUGUAGCCGCAUCUGUUAUCCAUGUUAUGCUCUUCUUAAGAUGGCGGAGACACAAGAACAGCUCACCAGUGGCAACAGGAGAUCCAACUGAGGAAGAGCUCCUGAUAAACAGUGGAGCCGUGCGUGAAGGAGAUCCACCUGACGAGGAGGAGAAGCCCCAACGUGGAGUCUGGAGUGAAGAUUUACUGAGGAAGGAGUUGAUGAAAACCGAAAAGCCCCUUGUGAUUGCCAAACUUUACAAGAAAAUGAAGGAAAUCCUGGGGUCUUGCAGUCGUGUGACGAUGAGUGGAACACCUGGGGCAGGAAAGACAACUAUAGCUUUAAUGCUAGGAAAAGAGUGCCAAGAUGAAGGUUAUCAGGUUGUUUUUGUGAGUGAUGUUUUGAAAUUUAACCAGCAGUAUUUUGUUGAUCAACACAAACACACGUGUUAUAUAUUUCAAGACGUAUUCAAGGCAGUUGAUUUACCAAAGGACAAAAGUCGCCUCAAGAGUCGUUUUCGUGAACUUAGAUCAAGUCUGGAAAGGUGUAACAACAAUAAAGGAAACAAACUGUAUGCCAUCUUUACUAUCAACUCGUACAGUAAGGAAGGUGAAUGUCCACAACUCGGUGAAGAAGGAGAAUAUUUCUUUAGCGGCCGUCCCUUCUUCAACUUCAACAGGAUAAGUCUUAGACAUACAUUUGAAGAAAGAACAAAAAUGUUUGAACCAAAAUAUCAACGCUUACAAAGAGGAUUGGAUAUACCCUGAGGAUUGGAGUGCUGAUACUCCAUAAACGUACUAAAAUUUGUACUUUACCGAGAAAGCGUAAUACCAAAUUAAAAGUAUGUUACAUUUGACCACUUUCUAAAUGACAUUGUGUAAUCAGACCUGCAUAUUGACUUUAUGGAGCAUACUAUUCCUUGUUCCUACUUCACGUAGCCUCACUGUGUGCCACUUGUUAUUAAAUUACAUCCCCUUGUCACCGGAUAUAAUAGUACGACGUAUCGCCACAGCAUGAUCUCCUCUAUUAAAAUGUACGCUUCUUUACUUUCGCCAGGUCGUCUUACCUGGGAUGUGACAUGGACA